AUGUCUACAGCAGUUUACUAUACUCACAAUAUGCCCGGUGAUGAUUUACAGUCAACUAGACACAACAACAACACAUUACCUUCGCUAGCUCAAAUCAUGCCAUCUCACGCACAACAACAAGAUAGUGGUGCUUCUGCUGCUGCUGCUGCUGGUACAUCUCCAGUUGUAAACGGUUACUACCCACAACAACAAUCAUACGUCCAAGACGCUUACUCACAGGCAUCUACUUCUCAAACUACACCAUCCACCUCAUAUGCAGACCAUACAACAACUUCCAAAUCCAAAGCUGGUAAUUCUACUCGUUCAUCAGUUUCAUCAUCUACUACAAACAACACCAAUGCUAAUGGUGCUCAAUGUAUAUGUAAAAACAAGGGAAACAAAAUUCCACGUCCAAGAAAUGCGUUUAUUUUGUUUAGACAAAAAUACCAUCAAGCUAUAUUGGAUGAAGGUUCAGUUAUACGUUCCAACCCUGAAGUUUCACGUGAGUUAGGUAGAAGAUGGAGAGCUUUACCUGCGGCUGAAAAGGAACAUUGGACUAAAAUGGCUGAAGAAGAGAAAAAGAAUCAUGCUUUAAAAUAUCCAAAUUACAAAUAUGAACCAAAAAGAAAUGGUAAAAAUAAACACUGUUUAGUGUGUAAAGAUAAACCAACACCUAAGCAACUUCAACAACAACAGCAGCAGCAACAACAACAACAACAGCAACACCAGCAACAGCAGCAACAAGCUAAUCAAGCUGCUGCUAUUCAAGCACAACGUCAUCAUUCAGAAGCUGCUCUUGCUGCAGCAGCUGCUCAACAACAAAUGUUGCAACACCAACAAGCUCAACAACAAGCACAAGUUCAACAAGCUCAACAACAUGACCAAUAUCAAAACUACUUCAAACAACAACAACAACAAUUGAACAAUUUACAAGGAUAUCCAGGAUAUAUUAUCUCCAAUAACCCAUAUUUACAAAACUCAUCAACUUCAUUAGCUUCUUCAUCUACUGGAAAUUUACCCCUUCCUGGAGCUGCCAACAAUACUUCUGCCACCACUACCAAUUCUCAAUACUCACAAAUCCCCAGCACUGCCGCUUCGUCAAUGGGAUUCUACGACCAAGAUAAAUUAUCACCAUUAUCGGCCACAUACACCAACAACAGCAGUAGUACACAUGCAGCUGCUGGUGUACCUACUACUGCUGUGGGGGUUACUGGCGCAAAUGGAAACGUAGAAGUUCUCCAACCCGCGGGUGGUGCUGCUGCUGCUGGGGGUAUUCACUACUCGAUGCUUCCUCAACAAGGACAACAACAUCCUCACUUACACCAUCCUGGUGUCGUUGCUGGUGUUGCUGCUAGUGGAGUCAAUCCUACUGGUGCUGAGUAUCAGUUGCAAGGCGGACAUCCACAACAACAAGCACAACCACCACAAGGUUAUGGCUUAGAUGGGUUCCAUCAAUAG